AUGAGCGAGCUGCGUCUUAUGGUUAAGGGCCUCGUCGCAGGGAUCAGGACAUUGUUACUAGCCUUCAGCUUGCUCUUCGCCGUGAUUUACGUUAUAUCGGGCUUCACAUUUAUGAUGAUCGGCAACAACACAAAAACUGCAGACUUCAAGAUGCAGCAUUACUUCGAGACGCUGCCGCUGACAAUGUUUACGGCCUUCCGCUGCUUUAUUGGCGAGUGCAUCGACGACCUCGGGCAGCCUAUCCCUUCUCUGCUGGCCCAAGCGUAUGGCGUGCCCUUUAUCUUGGGUUACGUGAGCAGCUACAUGCUCGUGGCACUCGGCAUUUUCAAUGUCAUUCUUGCAGUUUACGUCGAUAUCACCAUGAAAGCUGCGAAGGAGAGCGAGGCAGUCACAGCCGAGCAGCACUUUCACGAAUCCAUUCGAGUCGCGCGGACCACGCGGGAGCUGCUGAAGAAAUUUGCGGCGGCAUACCGCCUCUGGCACGACAUGGAGGAGGAGAACAUGUCGCACAUUGACAUCACAUCCUCUGCCGUCCUUUUCACCGAUGAGGAAAUUCAGGACAACAUCACGAUCACGAAGGAGCUCUUCCUGCUCGUGAUUCAAGACCAAGACGUGCAGAAGCUGAUGGAUGACUUGGACAUGCCGGCAGACAGAGCCAACAUGUUUGAGAUCAUCGAUGCAGACGGUAGUGGCACGCUGCACAUCACAGAGCUUGUCCAAGGACUGCUCAAAAUCCGCGGCGAGGUGAAUAAGGGCGAUACCGUUGCCUCGCUCUUGGCCACGAAGGCAGUCCAACGUAUGAUAAUGGAGUUGCGGCAGUCCUUUGUCGAGCAGCUCGAGGCCGUGAAGGGCGAAGUGCUUGUGCUGAGCGGAAGGGUCGAGGAGAUACGAUACGCCAAGCCACCGCGCUUUCUGCCCGGGCCCGAUCUCCUCCAUCUUUCCUGCGGGAAUGCCCCCAAGCCUGUGGCAAAGAAGAAGGCGAUCUCUGUACCGCGUAGGCCAGAGCUCAGUGCCAUAGGUGCCUCCAUGCAGCCUGAGGCCCCUAGUGAAGGGGAUGUCUCACCACCUUGA